UGAGGAGAUGAUAGUUUUCAUGUACUUGACAGGUGCUAGUGAGGAGAUGAUAGUUGUUUUCAUGUACUUGACAGGUGCUAGUGAGGAGAUGAUAGUUGUUUUCAUGUACUUGACAGGUGCUAGUGAGGAAAUGAUUGUUGUUUUCAUGUACUUGACAGGUGCUAGUGAGGAGAUGAUAGUUGUUUUCAUGUACUUGACAGGUGCUAGUGAGGAGAUGAUAGUUGUUUUCAUGUACUUGACAGGUGCUAGUGAGGAGAUGAUAGUUGUUUUCAUGUACUUGACAGGUGCUAGUGAGGAGAUGAUAGUUGUUUUCAUGUACUUGACAGGUGCUAGUGAGGAGAUGAUAGUUGUUUUCAUGUACUUGACAGGUGCUAGUGAGGAGAUGAUAGUUGUUUUCAUGUACUUGACAGGUGCUAGUGAGGAGAUGAUAGUUGUUUUCAUGUACUUGACAGGUGCUAGUGAGGAGAUGAUAGUUGUUUUCAUGUACUUGACAGGUGCUAGUGAGGAGAUGAUAGUUGUUUUCAUGUACUUGACAGGUGCUAGUGAGGAGAUGAUAGUUGUUUUCAUGUACUUGACAGGUGCUAGUGAGGAGAUGAUAGUUGUUUUCAUGUACUUGACAGGUGCUAGUGAGGAGAUGAUAGUUGUUUUCAUGUACUUGACAGGUGCUAGUGAGGAGAUGAUAGUUGUUUUCAUGUACUUGACAGGUGCUAGUGAGGAGAUGAUAGUUGUUUUCAUGUACUUGACAGGUGCUAGUGAGGAGAUGAUAGUUGUUUUCAUGUACUUGACAGGUGCUAGUGAGGAGAUGAUAGUUGUUUUCAUGUACUUGACAGGUGCUAGUGAGGAGAUGAUAGUUGUUUUCAUGUACUUGACAGGUGCUAGUGAGGAGAUGAUAGUUGUUUUCAUGUACUUGACAGGUGCUAGUGAGGAGAUGAUAGUUGUUUUCAUGUACUUGACAGGUGCUAGUGAGGAGAUGAUAGUUGUUUUCAUGUACUUGACAGGUGCUAGUGAGGAGAUGAUAGUUGUUUUCAUGUACUUGACAGGUGCUAGUGAGGAGAUGAUAGUUGUUUUCAUGUACUUGACAGGUGCUAGUGAGGAGAUGAUAGUUGUUUUCAUGUACUUGACAGGUGCUAGUGAGGAGAUGAUAGUUGUUUUCAUGUACUUGACAGGUGCUAGUGAGGAGAUGAUAGUUGUUUUCAUGCACAUCUUUGUUUUGUAGUUUCUUUGUUUGUUUUGCAAUAUGGCCUUGCCUUGUCACCACUUGUUUCAAUUGUCAUAUCUGUUGUUUCCCGCCUCAGGUCAUGACAUUUGGUUGUUGUCCUGUUCAGACUAUAGCGUGAUGUUGAAUGACGCGUAAGAGACCACAAGUGGCAAGGUCAACAGAGGUCAAAACGACCACUAAAGAAAACACAAUGCUUGCUUUGUUUAACAAUGACAAUUGUUAG